AUGGCGCCGACAAGUGCCUACAUAGCAAUUCGACUGAUUGAUCCUCUCUUGCUAGAUUGCGUCAAGGCACACGAGCUCCUGACCCGUGUCGACAAUCUUGAUGAGGGACUUUCCCAUUCUGCAGAUCGAUUGGAGGCUCCAUUGAUCGGCAUCGAGAAGAGUCUAGUGGGCAUCCUAGUCCUCCUCCUCAAUCGAACUGAUCGCCUCCGCCACCCAUUUCGAGAAACGAGUCGCGAGGAGAGUUGCUUCAAGGCGGCCCUUCGUGGAUGUUCAAAUGUCAUGGCAACAAUCAUCUACAAUCUGAACCUUCUCGCUGCUAGAAAGUCUCCUAUCGUGGCCACCUGGGAUGAUUCCCAGAUACUUUUGGAAGUCUACCAGAAUGCUCUAUUGGAACUUUCAGGCAUGCUCAGUCCGACCGGCCCAUCAACAUCAGAUUUCCUUGAAAAAAUCAACAAGAACAACAAUCAGGCAUCAAGGCUAAAACGGAUCGUUGACGAUCGUCAGAAGCAAGAGCAGCCCACUAAAGCGAGAGAUCAGGGGCAAAAAGACCGCCCAGCCGAUGUGCACCCAGAAGCUCAAGCACCAAAAAAAGAGCAAACCAAUGGAACAAAGGCUACUGCUAAUACCGCAACAACACAAGCUUCGGUACAAUCCACUCAUGCUGAUGCCCCGACUAGCUCAACUCAGUCACACGAUGACUGCACAGGGUACAGAAGAGGCUUAAAGGAAGGACGUAGCGGUGUUUGCCAUACGUUCAAGAGGCUCCAUCUUUUUGAAAACGAGGCCCCUAGAGGCAAACGAGCAUCAUGGUUGCUGAAAGCCAUUGAUAAAGAUGGCAAUAAGGACUCCACCGAGAUAGUAGAACUUCUCCUUGAGCUAGGGGCUGAUCCCAAUCAGUUAUCGUCCAACAUCGACUGCGAAAAACCUAUCUACCUUCCAUUGUGCUAUGCUGCAAGCACAGGAAAUGCGGCCAUCAUGGAACUGCUCAUCAAAAAGGGUGCAGAUAUCCGUGCCCGAGACAGCUCCGGUGACACUGUACUUCUACGCGCAGCGAGAUAUGGAAAGGACCCGUUGGUUAAGGUUCUACUAAACGCGCCGCAUAAUGCCGACAUCGAAGUACGAAGGGCGGACACAACUGACCGCAAAGGAUUUACUCCGCUGAUGAUGGCGGUCUAUUACGGCCACCUAAGUACGGUGAGGCUGCUGCUCGAAAAAGGAGCAAAUCGCGAAGUAGUGGAUGAAGCUGGGAACCCCCUGCUUCACGUCGCUAUUCGAAAGGGUAGACUGGAGAUUAUCAAGCAUCUUGUUGAAAAAGGCGUACAGGUUGCAACGGUCAACACGAAGUCUCACGAUACAACCCUACAUUGCGCAAUUCGGAAUGGAUCCAUCGAAGUCGUAAAAUACAUCAUUGAGAAAGGUCCUGCUUUGAUCAACACACCGAACAAGAAUGAAACUCCUCUGGCUUUGGCUGCGAGAGAGAAAAGGCUUGAUCUGAUCGAACCGUUGGUGAAAAAUGGAGCCAGGACGGAGGCAAAGGAUCACCAUGGUCGCACGCCACUCCAUAAUGCCGUCCUUGCUAAGGACAUGGAGAUGUUAAGGAGGCUGGUCAAGGUGGGCGCCAAGGUAGAAACCCACGAUACUGCUGGGCGAACCCCACUUCACAGCGCCGUUGUGGCGAAGGACGUUGCCAGUAUCAAAGUUUUAUUUGAGCUGGGGGCUAAAAUCGACUGCUCUGACAACAAUGGACAAACACCGCUCCACCAGGCCGUCAUGAGCGAAGACCUAGAGUCGGUGGGGACUUUACUCACCUUCGGACGCAAGAUAGAGAUGAAGGAUGGCGCUGGUAAAUAUCCAUUGCAAUAUGUUAUGGAAAUGCCCAAGUCAAAAGAAGCCUCGGCUCUGAACCUACUGCGCGAAUUUCUAAAGGUCCAUGAGAGAAAAAAACCGUUUCACAAUGGAUUCCACGCUUUGUCCAAAGCAACCCGUGAUGGCAGGCUGGUAUUGGUCCAAGAAAUCCUCAGGAGCGAUCCCGAACUCGUCACCUGGAGACCAUCAGCUGGCAAUGCUUUCCAACUGUCCCUACAUGAAGCGGUCAAAGCGAACAAAAUGGAAGUUCUCAAGGAGUUGUGCAUUUCAGCAAGAGACCUGUCAGCCAUCGACAUAAAGGACCAUCGAGGUAAUACAGCCUUACACCAAUCCAUCAUCAGCGACCGGCCCAGCAUGAUUCCUCUGUUGAUUCGCAAUGGCGCUAACAAGGAGCUCCCAUCGGGUGAAGCUGAUGGAUCGUUGCCUCCUCUGCACCUUGCAGCUCGCGAAAUGAACUUGAAGGCCAUAGAGGUGCUUUUGCGCAUGAAUGCAGAUGGGAAAAGGCGCAUACCGGGGGGUCCAAUUUGCGACCGGUGUAGUGAGAUGAGAGUGCCGCCACACGGGAGGAAUGCCAGAUGUAUCCUCCGCAACUUGGAUCCCAGCGUCCGCUUGAAACCCAAUUUCAGGUUGAUCGAAGACGCGCUACUAGCAGCCAUCAGAGCGUGA